GUUAAUAAGAAAUUAGAAAAUUCUCUCUAUCUAGCAGCUCGAAGCAGGACCGUACACGUUUCUCUCUAGUCUCUAUUUGAAAUUUUGAUUCGUAUAAAAAAUCUCACAGUCGCGUACGUAAUUUUGUGUCCUGUUUUUUUUUGUGCUCUGAUUCCAUUUUGACUCUCUCUCUCUCUCUCUCUCUCUCUCUCUCUCUAUAUCUCCUUCCAAUCGUUUAAGAAUCUCCUCAGGCUUUUUAGCUUCGGAGCUUCGAAAAAUUCAGUUUCGAUCUCCAAAAAAGCUUUGAGGUAAAGCAAUCUAUCUCUCUUAUUAUUUCUAAAGCUGUGUGUUUGUUUGUUGCUGGGAAACAAGAAAUAAAAAAGAUCUGAGCUUUCAACCUAAUUCAUGUCAUGCUUAGAUGGGUUCUUACCAAAAAUGGAAACUUUUGGCAUACCCCGUUAAUAGAUUAGCCUUUCUUGAACACCCUUUGCGUUUUUUUUUUUAAUAAUGUUUUUAAUGUACUAUAAAAGAAGCUCUACUCAAAGCUGAUUCAUUAUUACAGCUAUUCACUGAUCUCUGCUUUUAGUCUCACCUCUGUUUCUUCCUUUGUCUAAACAAAGCUUGUUCUUUUCUUGAUAAAUUAUGAGUAGUAUACAGGGGAAGAUGAUAAUCUAGAGUGAUUUCAAAUAGAGUAAUUGACUAGCAUAAUCCACAUGGAUUGAUUUCAUUACACUAACACACCGGACUUUGUUUCAAAGGUUUUGCUGAUCCAUAUCUGAAUCUUGGACUUGUAAUCUGUUCAUGUCUGUGGAUAACUUUUGUUGUCUACUUGAUCGGCGAUAGUAAUCUGGGAGUGCAAAAAGAAGUUGGUGGAUCUAUAUCUAUAAGAUGACACCACUUUUGGAUUCGUUGUCGGCCUCUGAUCACGCCUCUGUGGUCUCACUCAAUCUCUUUGUUGCACUUCUUUGUGCUUGUAUUGUCCUUGGCCAUCUUCUGGAAGAGAACCGAUGGAUGAACGAAUCCAUCACCGCCUUAUUGAUUGGGCUGGCUACUGGUGUUGUCAUUUUGUUGAUUAGUAAUGGCAAAAGCUCACAUCUUCUGGUCUUCAGUGAAGAUCUUUUCUUCAUAUAUCUUUUGCCACCCAUUAUAUUCAAUGCUGGAUUUCAAGUGAAAAAGAAACAGUUUUUCCGCAACUUUGUGACUAUUAUGCUCUUUGGUGCUAUUGGAACUGUUGUCUCUUGCACUGUCAUAACACUAGGUGUAACACAGUUCUUUAAGAAACUGGACAUUGGGACCUUUGACUUGGGUGAUUAUCUUGCAAUCGGUGCUAUAUUUGCUGCAACAGAUUCCGUUUGCACACUGCAGGUUCUGAACCAAGAUGAGACACCUCUGCUUUACAGUCUUGUAUUCGGAGAAGGUGUUGUGAAUGACGCCACAUCAGUUGUUGUCUUCAACGCGAUUCAGAGCUUUGACCUCACCCACCUUAACCAUGAAGCUGCUUUUCGACUUCUUGGGAACUUUUUCUAUCUGUUUCUCCUCAGCACCUUGCUUGGUGUUGCGACUGGUCUGAUAAGUGCAUAUGUCAUCAAAAAGCUAUACUUCGGAAGACACUCCACUGACCGAGAGGUUGCUCUCAUGAUGCUUAUGGCGUAUCUUUCUUACAUGCUUGCUGAGCUUUUCGACUUGAGUGGUAUUCUCACUGUGUUUUUCUGCGGGAUUGUCAUGUCUCAUUACACCUGGCACAACGUCACCGAGAGCUCAAGAAUCACUACCAAGCACGCCUUCGCAACGUUGUCGUUUCUUGCGGAGACGUUUAUCUUCUUGUAUGUGGGAAUGGAUGCGUUGGACAUUGACAAGUGGAGAUCCGUGAGUGACAGCCCGGGAACAUCGGUGGCAGUGAGCUCAAUCCUAAUAGGUUUGCUCAUGCUUGGAAGAGCAGCGUUUGUCUUUCCCUUGUCGUUUCUUUCAAACUUAGCUAAGAAGAACCAAAGCGAAAAAAUAGACUUCAAGAUGCAAGUUGUGAUUUGGUGGUCUGGUCUCAUGAGAGGUGCUGUAUCAAUGGCUCUUGCAUACAACAAGUUUACAAGGGCUGGGAAAACGGAUUUGCGAGGGAAUGCAAUCAUGAUCACCAGUACUAUAACCGUCUGUCUCUUUAGCACUGUGGUGUUUGGUAUGUUGACAAAACCGCUAAUAAGAUUCCUAUUGCCGCACCAGAAAGCGACCACGAGCUUUUUAUCUGAUGGCAACACGCCAAAGUCCAUCCAGAUCCCUUUGAUAGACCAAGACUCGUUCAUUGAGUUUGCAGGGAACCACAACGUGCCUAGGCCAGAUAGUAUACGUGGCUUCUUGACACGGCCCACUAGGACAGUGCAUUACUACUGGAGACAGUUUGAUGACUCCUUCAUGAGGCCUGUGUUUGGAGGCCGUGGCUUUGUCCCCUUCGUCCCUGGCUCUCCGACUGAGAGAGAACCUCCUACUGAUCUCAGUAGAGCUUGAGAGAAGUGUGUGUGAUUCAAAGUAUGUAAAUUAUUUAUUUGUAAUAUUGUUUUGUGAGGACAGAGAGCUGAGCUGUCACCUACGUUUUGAGAGCAGUAAGCAAACUCUUUGAAAGGGUUAUGAUUGCCAAUGUAUAUAUUCAAUGUAUUUGUUUACUUGUAAGAUGGAACAAAACUAUACAUUCGUUGAUGUGUG